GGGGAGGGGCGGGGCCAGGUCUGCUGUGAAUCAUCCGGGCGCUGCCCGGGAAGGGCAGGACUGGGGUGGUGACCAGGCUAACAGCCGGGUGGGAUUUCGUGACAUCCUGGACUGGAGGGAGUCGGUGUCUAUGGCAACGAUCGCCUGGCGGAAGGGGCGGAUCUAGAUCUCUUCACUUGAGACGCUGACAUUCCAGGCCCUUGUCCUGCAGGCUCCCGCGGGCGGACGCGCCGGAAGAGGAGGCCGGGGAAUGGCCGCGGUGUGGCAGCAGGUCUUAGCAGUAGACGCGAGGUACAAUGCGUACCGCACACCAACGUUUCCACAGUUUCGGACACAAUAUAUCCGACGGCGCAGCCAGCUACUGCGGGAGAAUGCCAAGGCUGGGCACCCUCCAGCAUUGCGUCGGCAGUACCUGAGGCUGCGUGGGCAGCUGCUGGGCCAGCGCUACGGGCCCCUCUCUGAGCCAGGAAGUGCUCGUGCCUAUAGCAACAGCAUCGUCCGCAGCAGCCGCACUACCCUUGACCGCAUGGAGGACUUCGAGGAUGACCCUCGGGCCCUGGGGGCCCGUGGGCACCGCCGCUCCGUCAGCCGAGGCUCCUACCAGCUGCAGGCACAAAUGAACCGUGCCGUCUAUGAGGACAGGCCCCCCGGCAGCGUGGUGCCCACGUCAGCGGCAGAAGCAAGUCGAGCCAUGGCCGGGGACACAUCGCUGAGCGAGAACUACGCCUUUGCGGGCAUGUACCAUGUUUUUGACCAGCACGUGGAUGAGGCAGUCCCCAGGGUGCGCUUCGCCAAUGACGACCGGCACCGCCUGGCCUGCUGCUCGCUUGAUGGCAGCAUUUCGCUGUGCCAGCUGGUGCCCGCCCCGCCCACCGUGCUCCGAGUGCUGCGGGGCCACACCCGCGGGGUCUCCGACUUCGCCUGGUCCCUCUCCAACGACAUCCUCGUGUCCACCUCGCUUGAUGCCACCAUGCGCAUCUGGGCCUCUGAGGACGGCCGCUGCAUCCGGGAGAUCCCUGACCCCGACAGCGCCGAACUGCUCUGCUGCACCUUCCAGCCGGUCAACAACAACCUCACUGUGGUGGGGAAUGCCAAGCACAAUGUGCACGUCAUGAACAUCUCCACGGGCAAGAAAGUGAAGGGUGGCUCCAGCAAGCUGACAGGCCGUGUCCUCGCUCUGUCCUUUGAUGCCCCUGGCCGGCUGCUCUGGGCGGGUGAUGACCGUGGCAGUGUUUUCUCCUUCCUCUUCGACAUGGCCACAGGGAAGCUGACCAAAGCCAAGCGUCUGGUGGUGCAUGAGGGCAGCCCCGUGACCAGCAUCUCCGCCCGCUCCUGGGUCAGCCGCGAGGCCCGGGACCCCUCGCUGCUCAUCAAUGCUUGCCUCAACAAGCUGCUGCUCUACAGGGUGGUGGACAACGAGGGGACCCUGCAGCUGAAGAGAAGCUUCCCCAUUGAGCAGAGCUCGCACGCCGUGCGCAGCAUUUUCUGCCCCCUCAUGUCCUUCCGCCAGGGGGCCUGUGUGGUGACGGGUAGCGAGGACAUGUGCGUGCAUUUCUUUGACGUGGAGCGGGCAGCCAAGGCCGCCGUCAACAAGCUGCAGGGCCACAGCGCGCCCGUGCUGGAUGUCAGCUUCAACUGCGAUGAGAGCCUGCUGGCUUCCAGCGACGCUAGUGGCAUGGUCAUCGUCUGGAGGCGGGAGCAGAAGUAGGAGACUUCCAGCCUUGCCCCGUCCACCUUCCCACCCGCCUCCGGCCCCAGCCUUGUGUUUGUAAAUAAAGUUCCUGUGGUUGUGCCGA